AUGGGCUCGUCCAUGGAUAAAGACACAGAUUUCAGUCAAUUCCCUGUUCAUUUAUCAGGUAGUAGAAGUGAUGGACAAUCCACAGCUCGGUAUGUAGCUAAUGAUCCUUUAAAAUGGGAAUAUGAUAUUAUAUAUGUACCACAUAGUAUUCAAAUUGAGAAUGAGAAUCAAAUCGAGUAUUUAGCAGAAGCACCAGGUUAUAUUCGAAUAUUUGCUAACGAUAAUAAGCAGAUACCAAAAGGUAUGAUUAACAAUCAAAUAUUAAUUAACGCAUAUCAAUUAAAAGAGGACAUCUAUUCUAUAAUGAAAAAAGAAAAUGUUCGUCCUGUUCAAGCAUCCUCAAUAUCGAUUGAGAACAGUAUAUUAUAUCUCUAG